CCCCCGCCCCAAAAACGCGCAAGCGUGCUGCCUGUGUUUUCCUCGAUUAUUCAAACCAGCAAAGCCCACGCGGGCUGUGAACGUCAAACGGAUGAAUGGACGAUGUUGUCACGCACGUUGAACGUUUUUUUCAGUGCCCUCAAGCCGACAAAGGAAAAGCAGAGUGCACUGAGCUUGCUGAGGAAGAAGCUCUUUCCAUUCAACAACGGAAGAUGCGCACUCGCGUAGAGCCUGCUUCUUAUGGAAGCCGGCCAGAGUCACUCCGCACAGAACAGUUUCCACCCUCGCGGCACUACCAUCAUGCGAUUGUCGUGCAGCCGUCACGACAUAAAACAGUCAUGACGGGUGACUGUCUGAAAAGCGUCAAGUAUCUCAUGUUAAUCCUCAAUACCUUCUUUUUUGUGGCAGGGGUUUUACUCUUGGGUGUAGGAUUGCUGGUGGUGUUGGGCACGAGAAUUGUAGGUGACCUGAUCGAGACACACCCCUUGCUCUCAAAAGUCCUCCACUUUGUGAUGGCCGUCGGAUCCUUGCUCUUCCUUCUGGGCUUCCUGGGCUGGUGCGGAGCCCUCCGUGAAAAUAGAUGUGUGCUCCUUCUCUAUUUCGCGUUCAUCACCUCUAUCUUCUUAGCACAGCUAGGUUUUGGGAUUUUUGCCUUCACACAGUGGGGAACGUUAUCUCAAGAAUCGUUAAGUGCGACGUUAGUCUCUAAAUAUCAGCACGAAAACUUGCAAGACCAUUACACAGCGGUGUGGAGGAAAAUUAUGCAUGAUUUCAGCUGUUGUGGCAUAAGAGGCGCCUCAGAUUUUCCAAGCAAAGUUCCCCUCGCCUGCUGCAGGAGACGCGCCACCACGUGCGACAAGACCACCGCAUAUGAAUCGGGUUGUUUCGAAGCACUCUACAAUUCCUACACCAUUUACAUGUAUACCGCGGGAGCAUUGGUCAUUAUAGUGAUGAUCUUUGAGCUCAUAUCCUUGUCCAUUUCGAUGUGCCUCUUCAGGGGACUCCGGCCUAAUUAGUCUCUUUUGGACUCCCCCUCCCCCAGAAAAAUAAUGAAUAUGUGACGAAUGACGAAAAUCAAGACCUGUAAAUACGUUGAAGUCAUUUCAAUUGUUUGGUUGGAUGUAGAAAAAAAAAAACCCCAAAAAAC